AAGCAGGAGGAUCUCUGCUAGUUCCAGAGCUGUCACACAGAGAAAUCCUGUCUCGAAGAGAGAAACAAAAUAGAAAAAGAAACCCAGACAGAUAGUGAACAAGAACGUGGUCUGUUCCUUCGCUGAGUCUCUCCUGCUGACUCCCACCUACUGCUCUCCAAAACCAUCUGAAAAAUUAUAGUUUUAAACCUUCCUUCUCUUCUUCAUGACUUCUUCAGACCCACAGGGAGGGAAAGACUGUUCAAUAUCCACCUUAAUACCAUUAUAUAGCCGGUCGUUGGUGGCGCACGCCUUUAAUCCCAGCACUCGGGAGGCAGAGACAGGCGGAUCACUGUGAGUUUGAGACCAGCCUGGUCUACCGAGUGAGUUCCAGGACAGGCUCCAAAACAACAAUACAGAGAAACCCUGUCUCGAAAAACCAAAAAAAAAAAAAAAAACCAUUAUAUAUUCCAAUCCUAAAAUUAUUACAUAUCCUAGUCUUCAGUCUCCUAUUCAUGGCUUCAACAGGCACUGAGAAAAAACAUCUUCUUUUAUCCUCACAAUACACUACAGGGUGAUACUGUCCUCUACUUUAUUACAAUUGAAGACAGUAACACAAACUUGAAUAGCUCAUGGUCCCACAGGAAUAGUUGGCAUGGCUGGAGUCCAUAUGUUCUGAGACAAUUUCUCAAGUCUGACAUCUGUAACUUGGGGCAGGUGAAAUAGGAUCUCACAGUGUAGCCCAGUAUGGCCUAGCAUUUGUGAUCCUGCUGCUUCAGCCUCCCAUGUAUUGGAAUUUUAGAUGGGUACCACUGGACUUAAUGUUUUUAUUUCAAGUAGUAGUUGUAAGAAAUGUUCCUCCAUGGGGCUGGAGAGGUGGCUCAGAGGUUUAGAACACUGGCUGGUCCCCCAGAGGUCCUAAGUUCAAUUCCCAGCAACCAUAUGGUGGCUCACAACCAUCUAUAAGGAGAUGUGGUGCCCUCUUCUGGCAUGCAGGCAUACAAGCACCCUCCAUCAAUCACUAAGAAAUGUCCUAAGGCUGGACUGCAGCCUGAUUUUAUAGAUAUUUUCUUAAUUGAGAUUGCCUCAUCUCAGAUGAGUAUAGCUUGUAUCAACAUAAAACUAGCCAGUACUUAAUAUAUUAAAACUUUUACGUAGCUGGGCAUGGUGACAAAUGUCUUUAACUCAGUGGCAGGCAGAUCUUGGAGUUCAAGACUAGUCUGGGGGCUGGAGAGAGCAGUGGUUAAGAGCACUGGCUGCUCUCCUGGAGGUCCUAGGUGUCAGGAAUUGAAUCCAUAUGGAGGCUCACAACCUCCUAUAACUGGAGUCCUAUGGGAUCCAAGGCUCUCUUCUGGUGUUCAGAUGUACAUGCAGACACAACAUAAAACAAACAUGGGAGACCCCUGCAUCCCACCCCACUCCCAAAGUGAGAAAAAUGACUUCUGUAUACAUGUAUGUGCUGAGCUUUGCUCUAGGGCACAAAAUCUGUUGGCCGAUGCCUGUUGACCUGGUGCUGAAUAGAAAGUAAGUGGCACCUAGCCAUUUGAUAUAAGAGAAACCUCAGUUCAGCCAGCUUUUGUCAGUAUGCACACUGGCUAUAAAUUAACUUGCCACAUAUUUAAUCUACAAGAAGGAAAAACUGAGAAAACAGCACAAAGAAUGGAUGGAAAAUUCUCUUCCGAUAAGUACUUUUCUAGAACCCAUUAACUAGAUCUGGCAAGCCACUUUCUUGAGGUGAGGUGAAAAGCAAAAUCCAUCUGUGAUCCAAGAUGGGGGGGGGCACAGCACCUGUAUUGCUGAACAUCUAUGAUGGCCCUGAAACACUGUGACUUGUGGGAUUAAUGAUUAGCCAGAAGCUGUCUAACCUUUCCAUAGGGCUUUGAACAGCUCGCCUGCAGAAGAAUCCACAGAAAGCAGCAUGAUCGCUUUGCUCCUUGUGGCUGAGCUGGUGGUUCCGAGCCUAGUGACUUCUGCUGGCUCUGAGGACCAGCCACUCUUCCGUGGAGCCAAUCAGCAUGACUUUGCCAUCGUGAUCCACCCAGGAGACACAGAAUGUUUCUGGCAAUUUGCUGACCAGAUGGGUUACUUCUACUUCAGCUAUGAGGUUCAGCUCACUUUUGGGAUGUCACAUGAUCGACACAUUGCUGCUACCAUCCAUACUCCACAAGGUUUCCUUAUUGAUACAUCCCAGGAUGUUCGGGGCCAGAUUAACUUCGCUACACAAGAGACAGGUUUCUAUCAGCUUUGUCUAAAAAAUGAGCAGAAUCGCUUCAGUUCUGUACAAGUAUAUCUCAACUUUGGAGUCUUCUAUGAGGGGCCUGAGAUGGAUCACAAAGAGAAUCAAAGGAAGCAGCUGAAUGAUACUCUGGAUGCGAUCGAGGACAGCACACGAAAGGUUCAGAACAAUGUUUUUCACAUGUGGCGCUACUACAACUUUGCCAGGAUGAGGAAAGUGGCCGAUUUUUUCCUUCUCCAAUCCAACUACACCUAUGUGAACUGGUGGUCUGCAGCUCAGAGCCUUGCUAUUGUUCUUUCUGGCGUCCUUCAGCUGUAUUUCUUAAAACGUCUCUUCACUGUCUCAACUACUGACACGAAGCCAAGAUGCUAAUGGAUAGCUUUAAUAAACCAGCUUUUUUUGGGGGAAA